UCUCUCUCUCUCUCUCUCUCUCUCUCUCUCUCUCUCUCUCUCUUCAAUCGCCGCAGAACUCCGCCGACCGACCAGCCGUCAGGUGACCGGAGCGGAAUAUUCAUCAGCACCGUCGUCGUCUUUCAUCCUCUCCGCUCCUCUGGACUCUGGACCCCGGACCCGGACCAGGACCAGGACCCGGAGCCCCGGACGGUCCCCCUGCCCGCCUGUCUGCCCGCCUGCCUCCUCUUCCUACCCGCUCUGGGACAUUCUGGGCUGCACACUCACGCAGAUGAGGAGAGAUUCCGCCUCCUGGUGCUGAUGUCCUUGAGCUCGGCCUGCUGCACGGUCCUGGUGGUGCAGCAGUAGCUUCCUCUGACUUGGACCCACUUCCUGUCUCUCAUCUCUCAGCUGCUCGCCCCUCUCUCUCUCUCUCUCUCUCUCCCUCCAUCCAUCAUCCCUCCAUCACCGUCAGCUCGUCUGUCCGUCUGUCCAUGGACCGGCCGUGACCCCGGAGGGAGGGGGACAGAAACGAGGAAAGAGAGGAGACGAAGGAGAAGAAAGCUGGAUUCACUCAGACAUCAUCGCUCUUCUGAAGCUCCCCUGCUCGCUCCUCAGCCUCCUCCUCCUGCGAUGGAGAAUUAAAGGAGCAGAGGGAGGCGAGGCCAAGAUACUGAGGAGAAACAACCCUUAAAUGAAAUAAAACAGAAAAAGGGGUUAAAGUGAAUCAUUAUAACUACACAUCUGUAAACCCAGACUAAGAUUCUGCCUGUUGAGUUGAUGAACAAGCGAAGGAGGAGCUGAGAGGAGGACCAAACCAGGAGAAUCUCUGACUGACAUGUCAACAACAGCUACCAUGGGUGAAAUGGCAAACAGCGCGGUGGAGUUUUAUCCCAAAGGGACGCGAGGCGCGGGUGGAGGAGGCCGGGCGGACGGCGGCGGCGGCGGCCAUGCGGGCGGAGACUUCACGGUGACGGUGAUGGAGCUGACGGAGCUGAUGGAGCUCAGAGGGAACGACGCCCUGCAGAAGAUCCAGGACAGCUACGGAGACACAGACGGGCUCUGCCAGAGGCUACAGUCCAGCCCCACGGACGGUCUCAGUGGGGACCCUGCAGACCUGGAGCGUCGGUGCCAAACAUACGGCCAGAACUUCAUCCCCCCGAAGAAGGCCAAGACGUUCCUGGAGCUGGUGUGGGAGGCCUUACAGGACGUCACACUCAUCAUCCUAGAGGCUGCCGCCAUUAUUUCCUUAGGCCUCUCGUUGUACCAGCCUCCUGGGGAGGGAAACGAAUCAUGUGGGAACGGGUCGGGGGGGGCGGAGGACGAGGGCGAGGCGGACGCCGGCUGGAUCGAGGGGGCGGCCAUCCUGCUGUCUGUGGUGUGUGUCGUCCUGGUGACGGCGUUCAACGACUGGUCCAAAGAGAAGCAGUUCAGAGGUCUGCAGAGCCGGAUCGAACAAGAACAGAAGUUCACUGUCGUACGUAAAGGAAACGUGAUCCAGAUCCCCGUGGCGGACAUGGUGGUGGGGGACCUGGCCCAGGUCAAAUACGGGGACCUGCUACCAGCUGACGGGAUCCUGGUCCAAGGAAACGAUCUGAAGCUGGACGAGAGUUCUCUGACAGGAGAGUCUGACCACGUACGCAAGUCUGUGGAGAAGGACCCCAUGCUGCUCUCAGGGACCCAUGUGAUGGAGGGCUCCGGCAGGAUGCUGGUGACGGCUGUAGGAGUCAACUCUCAGACCGGCAUCAUCUUCACCCUGCUGGGAGCCGGAGAGGUGGAGGAGGACGGGAAGGAGAAGAAAGGAAAACAACCUGAUGGAGCUGUGGAGAACAAUCAGAACAAAGCCAAGAAACAGGAUGGGGGCGUUGCCAUGGAGAUGCAACCCCUGAAAAGUGCGGAGGGCGGCGAGGUGGAGGACCGGGAGAAGAAGAAGACCAACAUCCCCAAGAAAGAGAAGAGUGUGUUGCAGGGAAAACUCACCAAACUCGCUGUUCAGAUCGGCAAAGCAGGUUUGGUGAUGUCAGCCAUCACCGUCAUCAUCCUGGUGCUCUACUUUGUCAUCAACACGUUUGUCGUUGAAGGUCACACGUGGCUGACAGAGUGUACUCCGGUCUACAUCCAGUACUUUGUCAAGUUCUUCAUCAUCGGAGUCACUGUGCUGGUGGUGGCCGUCCCAGAAGGAUUACCUCUCGCUGUCACCAUCUCUCUGGCUUACUCUGUCAAGAAAAUGAUGAAGGACAACAACCUUGUCCGUCACCUGGACGCCUGUGAGACGAUGGGGAACGCCACGGCCAUCUGCUCCGACAAGACGGGGACGCUGACCACCAACCGCAUGACCGUGGUGCAGUCUCACAUCGGUGAUGUUCACCACCGUGUGAUCCCCGACCCCGGACAGAUCAACCCCCGGACCCUCGACCUGCUAGUCAACGCCAUCGCUAUCAACAGCGCCUACACCUCCAAGAUCUUACCUCCUGACGUGGAGGGGGGUCUCAACAAGCAGGUGGGCAACAAGACGGAGUGUGGCCUUCUGGGAUUUGUAUUAGACCUGCAGCAGGACUACGCCCCCGUCAGAGAGCAGAUUCCUGAGGAGAGACUGUACAAGGUUUAUACCUUCAACUCAGUACGUAAGUCCAUGUGUACCGUCAUCAAGCUGCCGGACGGAUCCUUCCGCCUCUACAGCAAAGGAGCCUCGGAGAUCCUGCUGAAGAAAUGUUCCUACAUCUUAGAUCCUAACGGAGAACCAAGAACGUUCCGCCCUCGUGACCGAGACGAGAUGGUCAAACAGGUGAUUGAGCCGAUGGCGUGUGAAGGCUUGAGGACCAUCUGUAUUGCGUACCGGGACCUGUCCAACACUCCGGAGCCAGACUGGGAGAACGAAGCAGAGAUAGUCACAGACCUAACCUGCAUCACUGUGGUGGGCAUCGAGGACCCAGUCAGGCCCGAGGUUCCUGACGCCAUCCGUAAGUGUCAGCGUGCCGGCAUCACGGUGCGGAUGGUGACUGGAGACAACAUCAACACGGCGAGAGCCAUCGCUGCUAAAUGUGGGAUCAUCCAUCCUGGAGACGACUUCAUCUGUCUAGAGGGGAAAGACUUCAACCGACGAAUCAGAAACGAGAAAGGAGAGAUCGAACAGGAACGUAUCGACAAAAUCUGGCCCAAACUCCGAGUGUUGGCUCGAUCCUCGCCCACCGACAAACACACACUGGUCAAAGGUAUUAUCGACAGCACCGUCCUGGAACAGAGACAGGUUGUCGCGGUAACAGGAGAUGGAACCAACGACGGACCGGCUCUGAAGAAGGCUGAUGUUGGCUUCGCCAUGGGCAUUGCGGGGACGGACGUGGCUAAAGAAGCGUCUGACAUCAUCCUGACUGACGAUAACUUCAGCAGCAUCGUGAAGGCGGUGAUGUGGGGACGCAACGUCUACGACUCCAUCUCCAAGUUCCUCCAGUUCCAGCUGACGGUCAACGUGGUGGCCGUCAUAGUGGCCUUCACCGGGGCCUGCAUCACCCAGGACUCCCCUCUGAAGGCGGUCCAGAUGCUGUGGGUGAACCUCAUCAUGGACACGUUUGCGUCUCUGGCCCUCGCCACGGAGCCCCCCACCGAGGACCUGUUGCUACGGAAACCAUACGGACGCAACAACCCGCUCAUCUCCCUCACCAUGAUGAAGAACAUCCUGGGACACGGAGUCUAUCAGCUGGUCAUCAUCUUCACCCUGCUCUUCAUAGGUGAGCGUAUGUUUAACAUUGACAGCGGUCGCAACGCUCCGCUCCACUCUCCUCCCUCUGAACACUACACCAUCAUCUUCAACACCUUCGUCCUCAUGCAACUCUUCAAUGAGAUCAACGCUCGCAAAAUCCACGGGGAGAGAAACGUCUUUGACGGCAUUUUUGCGAACCCCAUCUUCUGCUCCAUCGUUCUGGGGACCUUCGCCGUGCAGAUCGUGAUUGUGCAGUUUGGAGGGAAACCGUUCAGCUGCGCCCCUCUCAACGUGGAGCAGUGGCUCUGGUGUCUGUUUGUGGGAGUGGGCGAGCUCCUCUGGGGGCAGGUGAUCGCCACGGUGCCAACGGAGCGGCUGCCGUGUCUGAAGGAGGCGGGGCUGGGCCUGGAGCCCGGCGAGGAGGAAGGGGAGGAGAUGGCCGAGGAUGAGGAGGAGAUCGACUGUGCUGAGAGAGAACUCCGCCGUGGACAGAUCCUCUGGUUCAGAGGCCUGAACCGCAUCCAGACCCAGAUGCGAGUGGUGAAAGCGUUCCGUAGUAAUCUGUACGAGGGUCGGGAAAAACCGGAAUCCCGCAACUCCAUCCACAACUUCAUGGCCCACCCGGAGUUCCUCAUCAACGACCUCAUCCACAACAUCCCGCUGAUCGACGACACCGACGUGGACGACGAAUCAGAGCUCAGCAGAUACCAGCACCUGCACCCGGCCCUCCGCAAGCCCCCGCCCCCCCCCACCCAGCCCCAGGCCCCCACCCGGGUCCGCCCCACCCGCCCCUACCGCCAGUACAGCCUCCCGGUGACCCCGUGCAACCGCAACAACAACAACAGCAGCAGCAGCAGCAGCAGCAGCGCUUCAUCAGGCAUCCACCUCAGCAAAACAGUCGCCCCGAGCAACCGGAGCCCCCACCCCCACCCCCACCCCCGCCACCAACACCACCACCACCACUGUGGCAGGGACAGGCCAGAGAAGCCCCCCACCCCUCACCUGGCCCACCUCUACUGUGUGGAGACCUCCUUAUAACUGAGCGGAGCGUGGGUCGGGGGGAGGGGAGGGGAGGGGGGGGGGGGGGUCAGGGGGUCUGAGGGGGGGGGGGCUGAGGACUCACACAUGACAUUUUCAUCUACUCUUGGUUGAGGAGCAGCAGGACGGGGAGGAGCCGAGGGAGUGGACAAUGGCUCCCGGAGAACAUUGCGACUUUCCCUCCUUUUGCCCCUUUGCUCCAGCCCUCUCAGCCUGACCCCCUCCCCCCCCUCCCCCAACCCCCUCCGACCCCUGACCCCUGACCCCGGCCCCAUCCAGGGGCCCCGCGGCCCCACCCUGCCUGACCUCACACACACUUGUCACACACACGAUGCACAGGUCUGCUCCUGCUGUGUUGUCCUGAGGGACGGUGGGUUACUGGGGGGAACAUCCUUCAGCGUUCAGCAGAACAGAACAGAACAGAACAGAACCACGUCACUCUGUUCCUAUCGGUGUUCUUCAUUAGUGUUGUUGUCAUGACGACCCACACCUUCACUGCAACAAAGGUGUCUAAAAACCAGAUCAAACAGUAAAUCUGAGGGAAAUGAUCUUGCUGCAUGGACAGAUAAUUUACCUUGACAAGAUUUCUUAAAUUAAGAUUAUUAAAUCUAGAAAUAAAUUAGAGCUGCAACUAUUAUUCGAUUAAUCGAACAAUAAUCGAUUAUUAAAUUAAUCGUCAACUAUUUUGAUAAUCUAAUAAUUGGUUUGAGCAGUUGUUUUUAAAGACAAUAAGUCUCUGAUUUCAGCUUCUUCAAUGUGAAUAUUUCUAGUUUUCUUUGUUCCUUUAUAGUUUGUUGCAGUGGGUAUACUGUCUAUACUCAGAACAACAACAUCUUACAACAACAACCAUGUUGGAGCAACACCUCAUAAACACCAUCACCACCUUGUGUCUGAUGCUGCAUCCUAACAUGUUGAUAACACACCCAGUCUGUCAGAAUGCUCUCAAGAUGUAUACCGUAAGCUAUGCAUUAGUGAAUGUGAUUCAGAUUCAGAUGUUUUUUUAUAUUCUUGAACUAAAAAACAUCUGAAUCUGAAUCACAUGAGACAUAAAGAUGCAACGAGACUGGACAUAUCAGUUAGCAAAGCUGGCUCUGUGAUUGGUUGGACAAGCAACCGUUCAUAGUUCUGUGAUUUCCCUGAUGUUCAUGAACGCGACAUACACCAAGGGGCUGAGAAGCCUGUCAGUCAUUGUCGUUCCCAUGGCAACGGGUUGUUUUGAGGUGGGCGGGAACUGAAGAAGUUAGAACAGAAGUUAGUUAGCUUGUUUUGGUGUUAGCUUCGGCCCACAGUAGCCUGGUUAUUCACUAAUAAAGCACCAUGAAACCAGCUGAUGGUAGUGAAUGUACUGAGGAACGGCACAAUAUAUUUAAAUAUACCAACAAUCACCUGCUAUGCUAAUUUCACUUGCCGGUUGGCGUUAUGGCGGCGUCGGUCUCCUUCUGAGAAGCUUCAUCUUCAUCUUCAUCUUCAUCUGGCUGUUUGUUUUUAUGUUUUCUUCUCCGACCUCUUCUGCUGAAGCUGCAGUGUCUCCUGAAGCGUCUGUGGGUUCAGUGGCAACUUCGCCGGACACUGAAAAAGUGUCCGGCGCUGUUUUUGUGUCAUCUCGUUGUAGUUCACGCGCUGAUUUUCUCCUUUGUGCCGAGAAUGCCCGCGAAAUGAAUUUGUUGCAUCAACGGAAGCCUCAGAGGUCUAAACAUCAUAAAAACACAGACUGGGUUGAUUUAAUGAAUUAAUCAACAUGUGGAAACUGUCACUAAAUUAUAUUGUUACGUAUGCUCGCGAAUCAAGUGGAUAUAUGAAAAAAAUAAAAUAAUCUAGCGAGUAUAUAGAGUGUAUACCGGAGUCACGUAGACUACACCGCUGCCAGAAACAAUUAAUAAUUAUCUAAAGUAAAUACUAAUUAUAAGAACUAUUGUAAUUUUUAUUUACAUACAAGAUAAAUUAAAGCUGCAAGCAGUGAUGAACUGUAAUGAAAUUAUUUGGUUCUUACCAAGAUAAAAAAAAAAAACCUUUAGAUUUAGAAGUGUUAGAUAAUUUAUCUUGUUUUAAGAGUUAAUUUCUUAUAUUAAGUGUUCAACAUGCUUAUUUCUAGAUUUAAUAAUCUUAAUUUAAGAAAUCUUGUCAAGGUAAAUUAUCUGUCCACGCAGCAAGAUCAUUUCCCUCAGAUUUACUGUUUGAUCUGGUUUUUAGACUAAACACCUUUUGUUGCAGUGUUCCUGCCAUCAACCACCUCCAUCAUUUAUCUAUCUGCAGCCACUUAUUACAAUCCAAAUAUUUUCUUUUAUUUCAUUCUUCUUUCUGUUAACGUGUGUGUGUGUGUGUGUGUAUUGUCUUGUCUCUUCUGAAAAAACAACAAAAUCAUAACAAAAAUAGAAAUUGCAAAGAUACUGUUCAUUUAAACCUAAUAUUAAAUAGUAUGGCUGCAAAAAAAAAACACCUAAAGGAUGGGUAACAUACAUAUAUAUACACACUAUAUGUAUAUGUAUAAUUUGAAUGUUUGGGAAGCGACAGCACAGAACUUGUUAUGUUUGUCACAAACUGACCCCUCCCAUAAAUAAACCCACAGGACCCUGAAAUAUGAGCCACCAGAAACUGAAUCUGAAUUUUUUUUUUUUUAAUUUGAAUUGCUUAACUUGAAUAAUUGCAUUAAAAAACUGAAUUUGAAUCACCUAAUUUGAAUGUGUAUCGUUCAAUUUGAAUCAUUGCAUUGAAAAACUGAAUCUGAAUUGUAAUUUGAAAUUGAAUUUAUUAGUUUGGAACAGAACAUUCAGUUCUCACAAUUCAAAUUCAGUUUGAAUAAUUUAAUUCGAGCACAGAAAACGGAGCUGCUGAUUGGCCGAAGAGGGUCCAGGUGCCAAAGUAUAAUCCAUUUUUCUGUCAAAACUAAAAUAGGAAAAACCGGAAACAGUGCCCCUUUUCCUUUUUUUGUUUCAAACCAAAAACAGAUUUUGCUCUCAGCAUCAAAAAACAAGAAAAACAAAAUGAAAUAACGGCCCAAAUUUGGUUUUUGCAAAUUCAUUUUUAAAUUUUUUUGUUUCAGACUGGAAGCAGGAAAAUAAUAGUCCCAUCAAAAUAAAAGUAGUGUGCUUAUUAUCAAGCAUUAUAAAAAUUAAAAAAAUAAACGUAUCAUCGUACACUAUAAUAGGCGACUGUUUUCUUUCUGCACCGUAUAUGGUUCACAUUUAUUUAGUCAAGUGAAACUAUAACAGCUGGUUGUUUGGGAGAACGUGAUACAUAAUUAUUAUUAUUUUAGUGUGUGAAUGCACAUUGUGCUGGUGACAACGCGUUGCCAUGGGACCCAAAUAUGACCCAAAUUCAGU